AACGCCUCGCUUCAGUUAGCCUGCCAUCACCGUUAUUCGCACCGAGCCGCUGUCACUCACGCUCCGCGUCCCCGUCCCUCACCUCCUCGCCGCUCCUCUCCUCGCUCAAACGGGAGGACCGCUCGGGAUUUUGACACGCAGAGGCGGAUUUUUGAGAGAUUCUUCCUCGUCUCCCCUGCGGUCGCAGCGCCUCAUAAGAUGAAGCUAGGUGGAGGCUGGGUGUGGGGCCUGCUGCUGCUGCUGCUCACCUCGUUGGCGGCCGCCGCGUCCAGCGACGAUCGUGCCGAGUCGGAGGUUCUGGACGGAGACGGCGAUAUGGGCCUAGACGAGGAGGAGGAGGAGGUGAAGGUUCUGACGGCAGAUGACGACGAAGAGGACGAGGCAAUGGUGACGGAUGAGGAGCAGUUCGACGAGGAGAAAGACGGAGCUGAAAAGUCUGACGUCGACGCUAAUGUCACCUUCCAGGUAACAUACAAGACUCCUGUCCCCACUGGAGACGUCUAUUUUGCAGAAACCUUCGACGACGGCUCACUGGACAGAUGGCAGCUGUCAAAAACAAUGAAGGAGGAUGCAGAUGAGGACAUCGCCAAAUAUGACGGAAAGUGGAUGGUGGAGCCGCUGAAGGAGAACAAGGUUCCAGGAGACCAGGGCCUGGUGCUCAAGUCUCGGGCCAAACAUCACGCCAUAGCGGCAAAGCUGGACAAACCUUUUGUCUUCCAGGACGAACCUCUGGUCGUCCAGUACGAGGUGAACUUCCAAGACGGCAUUGACUGCGGUGGAGCGUACAUCAAACUGCUGUCAGACUCUGGCGCUGUCAAUCUGGAACAGUUCCACGACCGGACCCCCUACACCAUCAUGUUCGGACCGGACAAAUGCGGCGAGGACUACAAGCUGCACUUCAUCUUCCGCCACAGAAACCCGCUGAACAAAGACAUGGAGGAGAAGCACGCCAAGAGGGCCGACGUGGACCUGAAGAAGUUCUACACGGACAAGAAGACUCACCUCUACACUCUGGUGCUGAACCCCGACAACAGCUACGAGAUGUUCAUCGAUCAGUCGAGCGUCAGCCGCGGCAACCUGCUCCACGACAUGGUGCCUCCCGUCAACCCGCCGAAGGAGAUCGACGAUCCCAACGACUCCAAGCCGGACGACUGGGACGAGAGGGCCAAGAUCCCCGACCCCGAGGCCGUGAAGCCCGAAGACUGGGACGAGGACGCGCCUGCAAAGAUCGAGGACCCCGACGCCCUGAAGCCAGAAGGCUGGCUGGACGACGAGCCGGAGUUCGUGUCCGACCCGAAUGCCGACAAACCAGAAGACUGGGACGAGGAGAUGGACGGAGAGUGGGAGGCCCCGCAGGUCCCCAACCCAGCCUGUGAGACGGCGCCCGGCUGCGGGGAGUGGAAGCGCCCGACCAUCAACAACCCGCAGUACAAGGGCAAGUGGAAGGCCCCGCUGAUAGACAACCCCAACUACCAGGGCGUGUGGAAGCCACGCAAGAUGGCGAACCCCGAAUAUUUCGAGGACCUGCAGCCGUUCAGGAUGACGGCGUUCAACGCGCUGGGACUGGAGCUGUGGUCCAUGACCUCAGACAUCUACUUCGACAACUUCAUCAUCACCUCCCACAAGGAGGUGGCCGACCGCUGGGCCUCGGACAGCUGGGGCCUGAAGAAGCUGGUGGCGAGCGCCAACGAGCCGGGGAUAUUAGCCCAGCUGAUGGCGGCAGCCGAGGAGCGGCCCUGGCUCUGGGUGAUCUACGUGCUGACAGUAGGCCUGCCCGUAGGACUGGUGGUGCUCUUCUGCUGGCCCAAGAAGCCAGCCGACGACUACGUCUACAAGAAGGCGGAUCUGUCACAGAAUCAGAUAGAGGAGGAGGAUGAGGAGGAGGAGGAAGAGGCUGCCGAGGAGGAAGACAAAGAAGCUGGAGCAGCAGCAGCAGCGCAAGAGGAAGGUGAGCAGGAGGACAGUGGAGCACAAGGAGACAAUCUAGAGGGGGCAGAUGAUGAUGAUGAUGAAGAAGAAGAGGAGGAGGAAGACGACGACGACGAAGCGGAGGAAAACAAAACUCCAGAAGAAACAUUAGAAGAUGAGAGAGAUGGAGGCGACGUCGCCGAGGAGAGCCACAAACAAGCCGUCAGAAAGAGGAGGGUACGGAAAGACUGAGGGUAGCCCCCCCCUGUCUGCUGAGUGUCUUCUCCUCCGCGGGGGAGGAGGUGAACGGGGUCUUCUCUGCUCCUCCCCUGAGCGGAGCAGCUGGGUGUUUCCUCCAACCCCGCCGGUAGCCCGCAGUCACCCGGCUGCCCCAUCUGUGUCUCUCCCCUCCUUCCUGCUCAGCCCGAUGAGCUCCUCGGACGUUACGCCCUCCACCAUCUCCUCCUCCAUCUCCUCCUCUUCCUCCCAUCAGUUUUCUGUCUGCAGCCUUCUUCUGCUCCAGACGUCGUCGGAACGCCGCCAUCUUCCACCUUUUCUCUCCACAAGCCGUCAUUCUGGUGUGGAAACAAUCAGCAGCGCCGCUAACUCCACUCCUCCUCCUCAUUUUACCGCAUAUCGCAGCGGCUCCUCUGAGGGGAAAGUUUGAAGACGAGCUCGUUUAAAAUGUUCCCGAUGCUGAGAGAGAGAGAGAGAAGGCUGACCGACUCAUCUCAACUUAGUUAAAAGGUUCCUGCUGAAAAAAAUAAAAAAAAGUCUCGAUUUUUAGCUAGUUUGUUACGAGCGUCUGUUGCGUCGACGUCGAGUCGGAAAUUAGCUCCGACGUUCUUCUAUUUAUUGUUUUUUUUGGUUCGACUUUGUUUCACGGCGGUACGAAUAAAGGUUUAAUACUAAAGCGUUUUCAGGCCAGAGGCAACUUUCCUUACACACGUGCCACUGAUGUGCUUACUUUGAGCCGAGGUCUGCGAGACGUUUCACUUAAAAAUAGAGAAACUGACUUAGUCCAUGCUUGCGGCUAGUUUAUUUUUAUUUUCAUUUCUUUGCCUUUUGCCAUUAAGUGUGAGACAGAAGACCUGAGUCUCUAGAGCAGGAUUAAAGGAAAUCUCUGAACGCAGCGAAAGACGUUGGUCUGCUUGUUUUGUUUUAUUAUUGUUGUCUGAAGCUUUUGUAGUUCGCCCUUCUGCCACAUGUCGGCACUUUUCCCUGUUUACAUUUGUUUGCAACAUGUACAUUUGCUCUUGGAAGUAAAACUAUUUAAUACAAAAAAAAAAA